UUUGGCUUUAGGACCAGACGUGACAUCUCGGGUCUAAACCCAUAGAAAACUGGGCCACCAGGCCCACCACAAAACCCUCCCUAAAACCCUAGAUUUUGGAACUGAGCUGAACGAGCGUCUAUGGCGAACAGGCGGUGCCUCCACACUCUGAGCCGCCGCGCGUGGACGCUAUUCUCCACGAACACCAGUAUCCCUUCCCUCCGAACCCUACUUUCACUCCCCAUCCAACCGAACAAACCCAUAGCAUCCCAAUUCGGCCGCGGUGUCACCACGCGAUGCCCCCAUCCUCGGUAUUUCUCGUCCAACAGCGAAAGCGAAGACGUUUCGGAAGACGACGACGAUGAAGACUACGACGAGGAAAUGGACGACAGUGGCGAGGACGAGAGCGUUGGGAAUUCCUCAGCGUCGGGUUUGAAGAGAGAGUAUUCGCCGGAGGAGAGAGAGGCGGAGGCCGCGGCGAUCGGGUACAAGGUGGUGGGCCCGCUUGAGCGCUCCGAUCGGGUUUUCAAGCCGUACGAGGCGGUUUUCGCGGUCGUUCAGAUUGGGUCGCACCAGUUCAAGGUGAGCAAUGGGGAUUGCAUUUUCACCGAGAGAUUGAAGUUCUGCGAGGUGAAUGAAAAGUUAAUUUUGAACAAGGUUCUCUUGAUUGGCUCCAGUACUCAGACCAUUAUUGGUAGGCCCAUUGUACCAGAAGCAGCCGUUCAUGCAGUCGUUGAAGAGCAUGCAUUAGAUGCAAAGGUCAUUAUUUUUAAGAAAAAGAGAAGGAAGAAUUAUCGCCGCACCAAAGGACAUCGCCAGGAGCUGACUAAAUUAAGGAUAACUGAUAUUCAAGGAGUUGAGAAACCUGAAAAGAUAGUCACCGCAAAGCCUACAAAGGCUGCUGAGAAGAAGCCAGAAAAGGUUCCAGUCACUGCAUAAGAGGGAUUUUCCCUGGCUAUACUUUGACAAUAAUGCUGUCCAUGCUUAUAACUUCUGAGUUGACUUUCUGAUGCUAUACAAUGAGCAUGAUUCCAUUCCUAAGUUGGAGCAUGUACAUAUUGGAUUCAUGUGAAGCAGAUAAUCAUACCACCAAUCCAAUUGUGUACGCGUUGUAGGGGGCUGGUUGCAUGACUUUUGUUUUCUUUGUAUUUUUAUAUUCAGUAAUUUGAUUCAUGAAACCUUCUGUAGAAUCAAUCAGUUUUGUUCCCAAAUAGAGAUGAUUCCAAGGUCUUAGAGAAUUACAUAUCCAUUCGGAAGAAAUACCUAUUCCUUACCUUUUUGAGAGGAAGUAAUGGCGGUGCAACCAAACAACAGGAUAAUUAUUCCAUUUCUCGGUCUAUCCCUGCAUGCCAAGCGUGCCCUAGGAGUCUAAAGGAUAGAUUGUAAAUGUGGUUGCAAACCUAUGUACUGGAUCUUCUUGUAUGUUUUCAGACUGGCACUUUAUUUGGUUCUUGUACUACUGCAUAAUGAUCAUAAGCUUUUAGCUUGUUUUGAUUUUAAUUCUUCUAAAGUCAAACUUGUUA